AUGAAGGCUGAACUUCAAGCACAACAACCACAAGUUGCAACAGUAGAAUCAUUUCAACCUCUAUCCAAGAUUUAUCCUAUAAAAUCAGAAAAAGCUCAGCAAGCAUUUUACAUAGUAGAUCAAGAAGGUAAUUAUAUAGAUCUACUUACCCAAAAUCCAAAUUAUCAUAAAUACCUUGAGCAAGCAAAGGCAUUGUUUAAAAAACCUCAGCAACAAAACCAAUCUAUGAGAAUGGAUAGAUUAGAAUCGAAAGUAGAUGAAAUCG